ACGUUGGCGGGAUUGGCAACGGUCGCGUAGCUAUACGGCCACAAAUGUCACUCAGUAUCGGGCAUCGUGCCGGCCAUUUUACACGUACACGCCGCGUCGAGGCUCGCUCCCGCCAAAAUCACGUUACAACUUUCGAAAAAGUUUCUGUGAAUAAAAACUAUACUACAAAUUAAAAAAUUAAACUUUUUUUUUUCGAUUUGACAUUUGUUUUUGUGCAAAAAGUUUGUUUAUGGCUGUGUGACGUUUUUUUUAAUUUUUUUUUUGAUAAAAGUGUGGACCUUUUUCGUAAUUUUCAAAAUUAAAGUGUUUCGUUUUAAAUGGAUUUUGCGUAAAAGUGGACAGGUUGAAAAUGGAGUUGAAAUCACCAAAAGCGAAGAAAAAGUCGAGCAUAGACAAAAUCAUAUCUUGGGGCAGAAUGUUCAAGACACCUUUGCUUAUACUUUUUUUAUUGGGCACCACAAACUGUGAGCGGGAAAGUGAAGUGAAUGAACUAGAUUCUAAUUUCAAAAUUCAAAGUUUUGCUGGUAGCCAUGUUAGGCAUAGACACGGGAAUGAUACGGACAGAAAUAAAAUUAGUGAAAUUAAAUAUUUACGGCGACAUCUUAAUAAAGAUAUCGCUAAUUUUGUUAUGACUGACUUUUUAAUUGAUGGCGAAGUUGAGAACAGAGUGCAUUAUAAUGGUGUUACUGCUAAGGAAACUUAUGUCGGAUCUGAUGGCCUCGGCCUGAAGCUAAGACAGCUAACAGACGGCAGACAUCUUGUCCAAGUAAUCUACAACCAAGACGGACAAAUACAAGAUUGUGAAUUCAUAUCACAAGGAAAAUCAGCGAGAAACUUCUUAAAAACAUUAAGAAAAGAAUUAAAACUAGCUCUAGACGAAGAAAUAUAUAGAAUAGCGAAUAAACAACAGCAAAAUAUCGAAGAUGAAAAAUUUUACCGCCAUUUCCGAAACGUCACUUUUAGAAUAAUCAAAGAUGGCCACCAUUUGCCGCCAAAUAUAUCAAAAUGGUUUGAUUAUGAUAAUUUGAAAAUGGAGUGCUUGAAGAGGCAUGAAGAGCUACAAUAUAUGAUGGAGAACAGAAAUAAAGCUGGAGAAAGCUCUCUAUCUAGGUCACGAAGAUCGUUCAGGGAGAAUUUCAUUGUGCCUGGAACGAAAUGGUGUGGCGCUGGCCAUAUUGCUGCGAAAUAUGGCGAAUUGGGACUUGAUGCUAAGGAGGACCGAUGUUGUAGAGCCCACGACCACUGCCGACUCAACAUAGGAAUGUUCAGACGACGAUUCGGCUACUUCAACUAUAGGCCCUAUACAAUAUCUCAUUGCCGAUGCGAUAGGAGAUCAAAACGUGAUACAAUGGAGUUACUCCGAGUUCCUGGUACCAAAUGGUGUGGCAAGGGAUUCUCAGCCACACGGUACUCUCAGCUCGGAGGGCACACGAGAACUGAUAGAUGCUGCAGAGUCCACGACUUAAGAUGCCCCUUCUGGAUCGGGGGCAUGGAGAAGAAAUACGGGAUCUACAACUGGCGUGUCAACACGCUAAUGCACUGCCGAUGUGAUGAAAGGUUCCGCGCGUGCCUCAAACUGGCUGACACGUCAGUGUCAAAUAUGGUGGGAAAACUGUUCUUCAAUGUCGUUCAAACCAAAUGCUUUAUUCUAAAGCCUGUGAAGAUGUGCACGCAGCGGUCGUGGUGGGGCAAAUGCCUCCGAAGAGGUUACACCAAGCAGGCCUUUUUAAGAGACAACCUCCCUUACUAGACUGUAUAAAUAACAUACCUUUGCCUGGCUGUAUAAGGUCGUACCUUUGCCUGCUGCGUUGACAGUGACAGUUAAUUCAGUGUUGCCGCAAUAAAGCCAGUGUUACCAAAUAUAAUAAGAUUACCCUACUUCAGGGUAAAUGUAAAUAAAACAAUGCGGCAAAACUGUACUGUGAUGCAAUGCAGAAUAUCUUAAUUAUAUUAUUUAUAUUACUGUGAUUGUACGAGUAACUUAAUGUAUUUUUUAUUGUUUUAAUAGAGGGUUU